AACAACCACACUCCAUAACAACUCCAAUAUUUUCUCUAUCUCAUUUCUCCUUUCCAUAUUAUAUCAUUUCAUAUUUCUCAAUACAUUAAUUUCAUCAUUUUUUACAUUAUAUUUUCAUUAUUUUCAUUCAUUUCAAGAACGUACAAAUUUUUAAAAAUGUGGAAAAAAAUUUUACCAAGUUGUUUUAAUGCAAAGCGAAAUAAACCCAAAUCCAGACCCAAAAACGAACACAUAAGAGUUGUACCAACUUCCCCUCAAAGGCUAUCGAUAUCGGAUAUUAGUAACCCCAAAUCGGAGUUUUCGUUUAAUGAUCUAUCCAAUUCUAUAAUCGGGUCAAAUCUUCAAGUGUUUACUUUGGAUGAACUUAGGAUUAUUUCGAAUAAUUUCUCUUAUACAAGUAAUUUCAUUGGUGAAGGCGGGUUUGGGGCGGUUUAUAAAGGGUUUAUUGAUGAUAAGCUUCGACCUGGUGUGUUAAAGGCUCAAGCUGUGGCUAUUAAGGUCUUGGAUUUGGAAGGUUCACAAGGACAUAAAGAGUGGCUGGCUGAAGUAAUAUUUCUUGGUCAGUUGAGGCACCCUCAUCUAGUGAAGUUGAUUGGAUAUUGUUGUGAAAAUGAACAAAGAGUUCUUGUUUAUGAAUAUAUGAGUAGAGGCAAUUUGGAUAAUCAAUUAUUUAGAAGAUGCUCUGUAGCCUUGCCAUGGUUGACAAGAAUGAAAAUUGCUCUUGGUGCUGCUAAAGGCCUUCAAUUCCUUCAUGAUUCUAAUAAACCUGUGAUCUUAAGGGAUUUUAAGGCAGCCAAUAUACUCUUAGAUUCUAAUUUUAAAGCAAAGCUGUCAGAUUUUGGGUAUGCACGAGAUGGACCAGAAGGAGAUAAAAGUCAUGUAACUACAGAACACAUUCUAGGCACCAAAGGAUAUGUUGCUCCUGAGUAUGUUAUGACAGGACAUUUGACAACCAUGAGUGACGUGUACAGCUUUGGAGUAGUUCUUCUAGAACUAUUGACCGGAAAAAGAUGUAUGGACAAAACUCGUCCCAGAAGAGAACAUUGUCUGGUUGAAUGGGCUCGACCUUUUUUAAAGGACCCACGUAAACUUAAUUUAAUCAUGGAUAUUAGGCUCGAGGGUCAGUUCUCGGUUCAAGGAGCAAAGAUAGCCACCGCGUUAGCCUAUCAAUGUCUAAGCCACAACCCCAAGGGCCGCCCUACAAUGAGCGCGGUGGUUAAGGCGUUAGAGCCUUUAAUGCAAAUGAAUGACAUUCCGGGACAUUUUGUUUAUGUUGUACCAAAAGAGGAAGAUAAAAAAGAGUGUUUGAAUCAAGAAAAAAAUAAGAAAAAGAAUGAGAAUAGAGUUAGACAUAAUGCUUUACAUAGGAGGCUUGGUAAUGGUAUAGAGGCCCCUAUUUAUGGUAGAUAAAAAGUAAAAUUAUUUACUUCUUUUUGAGCAAGGAAUGUGUAUAUAAUAAUUUAAGAUUUUUUCUUUUUAUUUGGUUGAUUUAUUGACUAGAUUUAAAAAAAAAAAUAGUCUCUUGAUAAUAAUGAAAUGUAAUAUUGUAAUUUUUAUUGUAAGAGUCAAAGAUACAUGUAAUAUGAUGUAUAAAAUUGGAUAAAGAAAUUUAUAUGAUCCUAUAGAUCAAGCAUUAUACUUUGGUAGGAAUGUUUUUGUUACUACUAAUAAUACAAGAAAAUCUUGUUUCAAUGUUUUAUUUUAUAUAUGUAAUAACUUAUUAAAUAGUUUGAUAGUUUCACUUC